UUCAUGGUCUGCUCUUGUCAAGGUGUGGCUUUUGCACUCCACUUAAAAGUCACUCGUUUUCCUUCAUCUCUCUCUGGUUUUCCCUUAGAACUUCAUUCAUCUGGUGAGAGAGCACUGAUAGAAUCUCCCGACAACAUGCUCUUCUCCUAUGAGGUUGUACAUUUAUGUCAGUUGCCGCUCAAGCUGUUAGACUUUCUCAUGGUGAUACAAUAGAGGGGAAUGGCUUCGCUCGGAGGCCCGGACCUAUUAUUCAACACAAUGCCUGACCCUUUCCACACACACUCACGCAGACACACUGCAGCCAGACAUUGCUCGAGUCUCCUUUCAGGAGACAGCACAAUACAACACAACUCCUGCAUUUAUGGACACAGGCCUUUUUAAAGCAACGGUCUUCAUGGUGUAGUUUGUAUGGAUGUUUUCUGUCCCUCCUGGCAGCCCGUUCCUGUUGUAACAAGCCUUAUCUGCAAAUCAAACUAAAUGCAAAUAAGCCUGGGCUUGAUUUCAAACGCUUUUAACCCUGGAGCCGUUUAGUGCCUUUCUUUUAUACCCCGAGCUGGCUUUGUUUGUUUUUAUGUAGAUUUCUCUUGUUUUAUGUGUGGCAGUAGACAGUUGAUAAGUAUUUUACAGCUACUGUAUCUCAUAGAGAGGGAUUUGUUAUGGGUAAACGCAUUGUUUUGGGUUUAAAGUGUGUGAGCUCUCUCUCUCACCUUCACUCUGUUAGGGCUGUAAUGGCUGUAAGUUGCACAGAUCAAUCGGGCAGUUUAAUUGUAAAAUGGGGUUAAGCCAAAGCAACUGACAAGACGUGACACUCGUGGAUAAAAUAUGGUUUUGUCAGAACCUCCAAACAUCUACAGUGACAGCUGCAUUUGGGUUGAGGUUGUGUAGAGUUGACCUCCGUUCACUGAGUAAACAUAUUGUGAACAGGUUCAGCGCUGACUGGAGGUCUCUCGCUCCUGACUCUCUCUCUCCAUGUGUCUCACUCCCUUUUUAUUUCUAGGAUAAAACGGACGAGUGCUUUUAAGGUCAGUCCAGCAGAGCCACGGGAAAAAAGAGAGGAAAGAUCAAUAAGGAUUAUAUUAAUGGGCAUCAGAAGCUAUGACAACAGAGUGAAUUAGAAAUGGGAUGCAUCGAAGUUUAGGAGAGGACAGAAGAUCAGAGAUGAGAAUCCAAAUAAUAUGCUUUCUGUUUGUAAAGAGUAAUGGUCUUGUUCGCCUUCAAAUAUUACAACAGUUGACGUAAAUCAGUGAAAUGAAAUGAAACCCAUUCAUUUUCAAGAUAGGAAAUGAUUUUGAAUAAAAAGAACAGUCUAAUAAAAUGGUCUGCACUCUAAAAAAAAGCUGUAAAAAUAGGGCACAAUAUACUGUAUUAAUAUGAAGGAAUUUUCCGUGUUCACUUUUACAGUUGUUUUACCUGUAUUUUACAGUUUGCACUGCAUUCAUUUGCAUUUUAGCAUUAAUGGAAAUGUCCGUAAAAUAAAGGAAAAUGUACUGGUAAUUUUCUGCCAGUACUUUAUCUGUUUUUUCACGGGAUUUUUUUUUACAGUGCGCCCAAUGGAUACAGUAAGAAUAUUCUCAUUUACCCUUGCCUGUAUGUGUUCAUUAAGUAAAAAUAUAAACCUGUUUCAGCAAAUAAAUGCAAAUGCAAACAUUUCACUUGACAUUUCCUAUCAACCGCAUUUUUCCAGGUGCUUGUUGCAUUUAAAACGUUUGCGGUACCCUAUCAGAACCAGGGGUGCAUCACACGUCCUGAAAAGUGAAGCUGCCGGCUCUUUGAUCGGCCCAUGGUGGCUGGCUGCAGUACAGGUCAUAAACCCCGCCCUCACCAUGUAAACAAACUAUAAAAUCCAAUUACACUACAAAUAUUUUUUUUUUUUCCAAAGAUGUUUUCUGUUAUUUUAGUCCGUUUUUUUAUCACGUUGAUGUAUGUCCAAGUGUUCGUUUUUUGAGUGAGCUUGGUUUUAGUAAGUUAUAAGAUGCGGGAUGCGGUAACAUGGUUUCUUCAUUUACGAUUGAGUCAUCAGGGAAUAUGGGCAGGACCUUGUUACCGCGCUCCACUUCAUGCUCACUACUGCGCAGACUCUGGUUCCACUGAUGAUUCCUUCUGCGCAUGCCCAGGCUCCAACUGACGUUUUUGCGUAGCAUGUCAGCGCCCAUCGUCGGACGUUUUACGAUCAAUUCGUUACAAUGGGAGGGAGCGGCGUCACGCUAUCCAUCUGUUAUACAUUCUAUGAUCAGAACCAAAUUUCUUUGCUGUACCUGUUCAAUUUAAAGUAAGAAUCAACAUUGACUAUGCAUAUAUGGUGAAUGUAAGGCAGCUCAAUUGGCUAACUCACUUUCAACACAAGCAGAAUAAUAGGGAAAUAGUUUAGAAAAGCUUAAAGACACAGGCUUUGUAUAUGUGUGAAAGGAGCGGAAGUGAAAACAGCUUCACAAUCUUCACGCAUACACACACGGAACGAGGGUGAAUGUGUGUAUAUCUGUCAGAUAAAGACAGCCCAGACCAAGUGUGAAAGUGAAGAGAGAGCGACAGAGCAGAAGACGCAUCAUAUUGCUCUUGCUCUGAUUGGAUGUUUGACAAAAUCACAUUUUCUGACACUAAUGAAAACAUACCUCAUGCCUGAAGUACGACAUUCAGAUUACUUUAAUUUCGUAUUGUCGUUUACAUAAACAUUUCAUUUUUACUGACAUAGACAGACUGUACGCAUGCAUGAAUACACACAGACACAGAGUGAUCAUGUUUGAAAUGGUUGUAAUCCUGCAGUGACAGACAGAGAUGUUGAGCUGUCUGUGGAGUGAGAACUCAACAAUAGCGUGUUAAUUACUGCAGUCCACACCAGCAUGAAUAAUCCUAAUACUGUACGCGUGCCAGGCGGCAUGGAGUGCAUGCACACAGGAAAACACUCAUCCUGUAAUACACACACACACGUGCACAGAGAAAAGGAGUUAGAUGUAGAGGAAGAGGGUGGCUGUGUGCUUUACUCAGAGAACAGCCCCCUUGUUUGAAAUUGGCAGCAAGUACAAAAGUGUGACACACACACACUUCUUACAGACACACUUGUUACACAAAAACAUGUUAACAACUAAAUACAACAACCAAGUGAAUAAAGACCAGGAAAAGCCGAUGUGUGUGUUUUGCUUGCUGUGGGCUGGGGGGUAUUGGGGUAUUUGGGGGAGGGGUGUUACUGCAUUACCUCCUCUAGUUCAGUAAUUAUUUGCAACUCCAUUCAGGUCCAGAUUCAUUCACCCAUCCACCCCCCUGCAUUCAAAUCCAACUGCAUCCCCCCUCAAAAUGAAAAGAAACCGGGUCAUGGUGUGUGUGUGCACAUGUAGACAAUAGGCAGAUCCGUGUGUGUGUGAUCUAUAUUCCAAUGUUCUAGAUUCAGUGGCUGUGCGCUAGCUCGGCAUGCCAGCUUAUCAGUGGGAGACUCUCUCCUUCUGUCGUCCGGUCAAGACCAAGAUGAAUACACACAUGUGUGAGUCCAAGUAUAAACACGCCGAACCAUAUAGACACACAGGCUCGGUUACAACAGAUGAAAGCAAAGCUUUAGGGCUCAAGGAUUUUCAGUUCUCAGAAGUUUCUCAGAGGCCCCUUCAGUGAUCAGCAGACUUUUUAUCUCUUAUAACUGAUUAAGAGAAUUAAAAAAGCACAAAUGAGUUUAACUUGUUUAUAGGGCCAUAAGCACCAUAGAUAUAAAGGAUGACAUGUCUCCAUGAUCAAUAGUAGCAGAUUCCAAUAGUUCAGUUUUACAUUUUACAUUUACAUUUUUUCCAAAUUUUACAUUAUGUGUGCCCCUAAUGUUAAAGGAACCGUUCACCCCAAAAAUGAGAAUUCUGUCAUCAUUUACUCACCCAUAUGUAUAAAUGUCUUUGUUGUGAACUUGUGAUGAACACAGAGAAAGAUAUUUGGAGGAAUGGUUGUAACCAAACAGUUAUUGGCCACCGUUGAUUACUAUAGUAGGAAAAAAUGCUUUAUAAAUUUCUUUGUUCUGUUGAACACAAAAGAAGAUAUUUUCGAGAAUGUAGGAAAGCAGUUCUGGGGCACUUUUGACCAUACCAUUGUCAUUUUUCCUACUAUGAUAGAAUUUUUGGGUGAACUAUCCCUUUAAUAAUAAUAUGCAAUAUGGAAAGCAUAGCUGUGAUAAUUUGGUCUUGAGGAACUUUUUGAGAUAUCUUCUGAAUCUCAGUGGGAGCCAUGAUAUUCCUAUGACUUUUUUUCUCAGGAGAAUAGCAAGAGACCUGAACAAGUAUCCAUUAGCUCUCCAUUGAUCUCAUUGCCAACUUUGAAAAACAACUGAGCUGAUCUUGAUUUCUUUUCUAUAAGCUUUCAGGUGUAUUUUAGUAGAGGUGGGGCAGACUCGGAUGAGCAAAACAUAAAGCCAAGUAAAUGAGAGAGAGAACGAGGGUAGGAAAAGCUCCUUGGUAACCAAAGCUGAGAUGAACAGAGGGGCAUCUACGCCACCCCUCCCUCUGAGCCCCAGGGAGUAAGUGUGUGUGCGUGUGCGUGUGUGUGUGUGUGUGUGUGUGCGUGUGUGUGAGGAAGGUGGGGGUGUUUCCCAGGGUUGGGCCGAGGGUGUGUGUGUGUGUAGGAGGGGCUCGUUGUGGACGAUAAGCGUUGAUCAAGUAGGGAGAGGCACAUACUGACUCGUUUGCGAGUGGACACAGGAUUGUCUACAAACUGGGCUCCUGUACACUGGGAGGCCGAAAGGAUUUUACUGGGUCCACCUGACACACACUGGAAUAAUGGUGUUCAUUGGGACCUCACUCAAGUCUGUUGUCAAAUACUUUAAACGGAAAGCUGUGUCUAAUUUGGAUGAAGAGAAAAAGUGGACCGUGCACUACACUGCUCCAUGGCACCAACAGGAGAACGUUUUUCUGCCGGGUUCCAGACCUGCCUGUGUGGAAGACCUGCACCACCAGGCCAAAGUUAACCUGAAAACAGCCCUUAGAGAAUGUGAUAAACUGAGGAAAGAUGGUUUCCGCAGUUCACAGUACUACUCACAAGCCCCCACCUUCUCCGGCCCCACACAACCAGAACAUGAGGACGAGGACAAUGACGCUGAUAGAAAGUCCACAGCAUCUUCAGGAGAGGAAGAGAAGGACCCAAUGAGAUCACAGAGUCCAGCGCAGGUGGAGGGAGUUGAUGGAAAACGUUCAUGGACCAAAGCCACACACCUGCCCACUCCAGAGGAGAAGAUGAGGCAGCAGGCCAAGGCCGUUCUCACGGAUAUUGUUCCCAUCAAUGUCACAGGCGAGACGUUUGACAGGCAGGCCAGCGUCCGCCGCUCCCUAAUAAACACUGACACUCUGACCCGCCGGCCAAAGAAGGUUAAGCGGAGAAAGACUAUAUCAGGGGUUCCUGACAGCAUCCAACUGGAACUAGCGGCAAAAGGGCGUGGAGGAGAGCUUCGACCACAGUCCAUGUUUAUCCCUGGACAGUAUUCAACACUCGGGCGAGUCGGAAAUGGGAAUUCAACUCUCCGUCGGUCCGAAACGAAAGAUUCCGGCUGCCAGACUGAGGAGGUGAAGAUUGUCCCACCCUCUAUGAGGAGAAUACGUGCUCAGAGGGGCCAAGGAAUUGCUGCUCAGAUGGCUGGCAUCUCCACCUCAGCCACCAACAUCUCCGCUAUUUCAGAUGAAGGCUCUCCUGGAUGUCCAGUAGUUGCAAUGGCACCACAGUUUAGUAAUAAUACUCAUCGUUUCCACAGCUUGCCACGAGGAGCACGGGUGUCCCUGAAUGCAAGCCCCCUUUAUAGUAGCACCCCCUUUGGGCAUGGAGAUUUCACAACACCUCAUCAGAUUGGAAAAUUACAGGUUGAUGAUACUGUGGUGCACAUGAGGAAUGCCCCCAGGGCAGCCCGCCCGAAAUCUCAGGAGGUGAGAGGAAGUCAAAGAGAAUGGGGCUCUGGUCCUGCUUGUGUAGUUUCUCCACAUGCUGCCUACUCAACGUCACUGAUACCCAAUGCCACUCUGUCAUGUUCUUCUGAGGUAAUUGCACUUCACACUCCAUUAAGUCCUGGCCAGAGCCCAAUCUCUGGAUCACCGUUCCCUAAAGGUAGACCUCUCAGCAUGGUCUCUACUGUCAACAGCUCAAGCACCAGUAGUGUGACAACAGGUUCCCACACACCAGAAGCAGACAGGGAUACCUGUAGUGAGACCGGCAGGUCAGAUAGCAGUCUGCACAGCCACAGCACAAUUGCAGCCGGAACAAUGUCUUCAGACGAGCAAUGGAUUUACGACACCCCUGAGAAUGUGUUGCCCAGAAGGACGCUGACUUCCAGCUGCUCCACACCCGUAAAUCAUCAAUAUAGCAGCCUUGAGCGCUCCUCAAAAGGCACAGACUCUAGUUCGCUCUACUCGAUGGACAAUGAUGGCUACUACACUUCCAUGCAUUUGGAUUCAGGCCUUAGAUCAAGAAGCCAGGGUAGUGGCCAUGGUCAUGGAAUAGGAGGCAGGGCAGCAAGACAUAGUAUGUACGAGUGCCUCGGUCAGCAGGAUGACAGAUCCAGCCUGUACAGCGACCGUUCACUGUCACGUUCCAUCUCCCUUCGCAAACAAAAGAAGCCGCCUCUUCCUCCAGCACGCACAGACUCUCUACGACGAAAGCCUAAGAACACCGGCUCUCCUGCUAGCAAUGCAUCUAUUCUGAAUGAGUCCUUGAUUGCAACACUCCAACAGUCGCUUCAGAACGGGCGGAAAGGGAAAGGAUCAUCCACCUCGCCAUCCCAUAGUCCCUGCAGUGACUAUGAGGACCCUUGGAUGCUACGUCCCAGGAGCCAGAGUAGCAUCAGUGUAGGCAGCAGUAACGUAUCGGCAGCCGGGAUGGCUAAUGUUUACUCCAUCUGUCAUGUGACACCAUCUCAAAGCGAUACAAGUAGUCUACGUUCUGAUUAUGCUGAUUCUUGGGGCUACUACAUGGAAUACCCUCGUCCAUCUGGUGACCACACGCAGUCACCGUCCAAAUCUGCCGGACAAGCAGUUGAGAUGGCAAAUGGAGGAGGCCUUCAAAAUGGUACACGGAAUUCUCUGCCUCCCGCCCGGGACGGAAGUGUAGUGUCUGUAAAGUCCACAACAGGCACCUCAUCACCAGACAGGGUGCAUCGGUUGACUUCUCCAUCAAGUGGAUACUCAAGUCAAUCAAACACUCCAACAGCUGGCACUCCUGUGCCCUCAUUCAUGAGGUGCAUGUCCCCUUCAGGCAGCAAGCGCAAACCCAAAGUACCUGAAAGAAAGUCAUCCCUGCUCUCAUCUGUAUCCAUCUCAUCUUCCUCCACCUCUCUUUCCUCCAACACCUCUGAUUCCACCAGAAGCAAUGUUCCUCCUCCGCCUCCUCUUCCAACUACUCCCAUCGCUCUUGUACCUCACAACCCUCCAUCCUUUCCUCCCCCCAGCCCUGUUUGUGGUACACGGCAGAUAAUUCCACCUCCACCUGUCUUACCCAUGACCCCCCAUCAACAAGCAUUCAUGUGCCCACUUUACAUCAAUUCCUCCCCAGAAUUUCCACCCCCUCCACCUCCAGAGGUGUUGUAUGAUGACCCUGCCUUGUCAAACCUCAAUAUUUCCUUAAGCCCUCCACCUCCACCACCCCCUCCAUCUUGUCCCACCCUCCCUGCGUAUCCUUCACCCCAAAUUCCACUCCUACCCAGAACAACACCACCUGUACCUUCCUCGGCUUGCUUGAAGGAAAUAAAGGGCAGCCUGAAGCCAGUAAACACAGAGAGAAGGGCCGAAGCCACGCAUUCUGAGGAGCAAAAUAAAUUUGUUGUGCCACUGAUCACCUCCUUUGCGCUCCAAAGUGUCCAACUUCGCUCUGUGAAACGGAAAGGGAAUAGUGAAGUUAGCAGCUCUGAAUCUCAUGAAAUAGUGGCUGAACAGAUGACCGCUAAGAUACCAGAGAAGUCUCAAAAAACAGAGCAUCCCACAGUUCCUCAGGUUUCUUGCUUGCCUCCAAAUAUAAAUGAGAAACAAAGACCAUCAUCUCCACUGAAACAAAGCCAGGAUAGUCAUAUUGAAGCACGACCAUCUAGCCUAACAAAUGGGCCUGUAGAUUUUGGUGUUGUUAAGGCCACAGACGAACUGGAUGGUCUUGAAAGCACCCUAUCAUCAACAGGGGAAGCAUCACAAAACACUUCACCCAAGAAAAAGCCUCCUGUGGUAUCUAAAAAGCCCAAGAUCUCUCUAACACUUAAAACAAUAAACUACACAUCAUCCAUAGAUGAAGAUGCCGGUGAAUUACUGAAUGCUCAAACUGAGGAGAACGUUUCUACAGCUGCAACAGAAUGCCAGGAACCCACACCUGUUCCUCAAGAGGAGGACAAGAAACCAGAUAAUGAUAAAAGUGUCAGUUCUGAACUUCUUGGGGAGAUGAGAGAAAUUUCUCUGACAAAUGUUGAACCCCAAGAGAUUUUCCAGCCUCUUGAAGAAGAGGAGGAAGAUGAUUACGAAGAUGCGACCAGCAGCACAGGAUCUGUUGGCUGUAAAGAUGAUGAAAGUGGCGAUGUGUUUGAGACCAGCGCGAUAGACCCGGCUGAAUCUCCCAGCAUUAACGGCGACUCGUGUGGGGACAUGGUGACCCCCACUCGGCCCCGGACCACCGAGGACCUCUUCGCUGCCAUUCACAGCCUGGACCUGAACAUGAACAACCCCCAACAUACGAGGUCAAAGCGGAAGGUCCUCGGACGCAAGGAAUCCGAAGAGGACCACACACGAGGCUCCCUGUCACCGCCGGUCACCCCUACAGGCACGCCCCCGGGCCUGACUUCCUCUUUGACCCGUCAAUCAAGUUCGAUCCAGCGUAACCUCCGCAAAUCAGCGACCAGCAGCGACACGUUCAAAGCUCUCCUCCUGAAGAAAGGCAGUCGUUCUGAGACCAGCUUCAGAAUGUCUGCUGCCGAGAUGUUGCGCAGCACUGACCCACGCUUCCAGAGGACUCGCUCUUUAGACUCCACCUUUGACCCUGCCUCUCCAACUACGCCGACACCCGACAGCCCCUGCGGUUCUCCAGGCCGCAGCAAGAGGACGGCAGAUGACUGGCCACGAUGCUCAUCGGGGUCACCCUUCGCGACAUCCCCGUCGCUGAUUGGUCCAAAGUAUGGCCGAUCUCGUACGCCCCCCUCCGCCGCCAGCAGCAAGUACAAUGCCCGCAGUCGAAUCCUCAGCAGCCCAAUGACUGUUAUUUGCGAGAGGGAUGGAGAACUUGCAGAGAGCGGAGAGUACUUAGAAGAGCCAUGUCCUGUUUCUCCGGUACAGCUGCCUCUUCCCAUCUAUCAGGACGCGAACAGCACUUUAUGUGAGCAGAGCAGCAGUUAAGACUAAACAUGGUUGUCUCCAGGUGUAGCAAUGGCAGAAUGUCAACACAACACCAGAAAUCGACCGAGGCUGGAGGCCGGGAGAGGUUGAACUCUGUGGAAGGAAUGGCCAGCCGCCGUUCCAGGCGGUGUCCUCAUGUUGUAGUGUGGACUAAGGCAUGCUGGGAUCUGAGGUAGCUCCGCCAGAUCAGGCGGUCAGAUCAAGCAGUAUGCGUAGCUUUCCAGACAAAAACUUUCUUUUGAAGGAAAAUCUGCUUUCAAUGGCAAUACUAGACUCCUCUUUCCAAAGCCUAGCAGUUACUUUUGUUCAGCUUGUUUUUAACUCUUUACACUUCAACAGAUUUUCUUUGGUGAAGCAGUUGCCACGCAUGUGAAGGAAUUACUAAGUGAAUAAGUGUUCUCGUAGUUCAAGUUGAUGGCAAAGUGCAGAAUGCGAAUGGUUUCCGCAUUGUUGGAAUAAAGAAAUCCAGGUGUGUCUUAAAGUUUACUGAGGCUGCUUUUUUAGCACCCUUAUGUUUUUUUUAUAUGCUGGUCUUUAAAGACCAGUUCAACGUUCAACCAUUGAAGAGCACACAGAUUUUGUCCCGCACUGUUCAUUGUUCAGUCAAGUGUCCGGAUUGGAAAAGGAAUCGUGUCACGAGAGACUGGAGUGACGGUUUGUUUGUGAAAAACAUUUGUUUGAUUUUCGGCGUGUAGGUUUGCACUGUUCAUCGUCUCAUUUUAUGUGUGGUUCUUUUAAAAGCAUUGUGUCUGUGUUGGUUAUUUUUAUUUACGAAAGUUCAUUCUGACAUAGGACUUACUUGAAGCAUGACCGGUGUACUUGUAAUUGUUUGGUUACCAAAGACUUGCAGUCUAACUUGCUGUUUGCCCACUAAGACUGAAAACUGAGGGCAUUUAUUCGACUGAGAGAGAAGAUGUUCUGUUCUUUUGGCUUGUGGCGAUAAAGACGAGCUUUGACGUAACCAAGGCUUAAUAACUAACUCUCUCCUGUUUACCUGUCAAACGUGUUCGUUCCUUGUGCAGUUUUAUAAUGUUUUUUAUGUAUAUACCUAAAGAAAUGUUAAGUAACACCUGAACUUAUUUUCAAAGAGUUUGUACAUUUUAGACACCUUUGCUAGGAGUGGCUUCCUUUUGUAGAGUAUUUAUUUUAGAAUAGCCAGAAUGUGGUUUGAUAUACUGUAUAGUGUGGGAGGUGAAUGUGCGAUUAAACAGACGGUUCAUUGUGAAUUCAGAAUGUCUAACCUGUUCCUUCAGCACUCCGUGGAUCAGAAAAUAAAAGCAGGAGACAAGAGCUAAAUGAACUCUGCUGCUUACCCUCUGGAGUACGUCUCUGUAAUAAAACAUGGUGAUAUUUAAAAAUUG